UGCUCCGCCUGGUCGGAGGGUUGCUGUCAUACGGCAGCUUCUGCCUGCGGGUCCUGCUCCGCCCGCUGCUGCUCGGAGCCGGUGUGUGAUGGAGGAGUGAUCCAGCAGGACGGGACUGAUGCCGUGUUGAACUUCACCCUCAGGACCCAUCAGUGAGCUGUUAACUAUCAGCAGUAACGGUGGGGUCCGUCAGGUGCCUGGGAGGUAACGGAGGGCGUGGAGCUGGAUGUAUGAGACGGCUUCAUGGGCGUGAAUGACCAUCUGGAGGAUGGGACGGGCCACAUCCUCAGCCUGGGGCUGGAUCUGGACUACCUCCAUGUAGAUGGUGCUGAGCGGCAGGCUGGCCUGAGCGCUGCGACAGGCACUGGGAGUAUAGGGGUCUUACAUGUCAGAGCUGGUGCUCCAAGUAACAGCGCUGACAGUAGCAGUAUUACUCAUUCAAGCUACAGCAGCAGGAGUAGUUGUAGUAACUUCUCUGAGGAGAGUGCUGUGUCCGACAGUGAUGAUGAACGGCUCCAAACUGGGUCUGGAUCUGAUUCUCAAAACCCUCAGCACGAUCAGCCUCUGCCCCUACAACACCAAGAGACCUCCUGUCAGAGAGUCAGGCUGGACCUGGCACCAAAUCGACCCCCUGGAGACCCUCCACAGCUAGAAACAUCAUCUCCCACUGACCCUGCCACAGACUACCGCACCAAGGUGGAGUUUGCUCUCAAGCUGGGCUACUCUGAGGAGCUGGUGCUGCUGGUGCUGAGGAAACUGGGCCCACAGGCACUCAUCAAUGACAUCCUAGGUGAACUAGUCAAACUGGGAACCAAGACGGAGAUCGAGCAGCAAGGAGGUUCGACUGCUUCCCAGUUUCCCUCCUCUUCAUUGUCAUCCUCUUUGGCUUCCUCCAACUCCUCUCUGGACUCCUGCCGGCUGCUGUCUCCUUCACAGAUGCUGGAGGACAGAGAAAACCUUCGGCCUGUUGUGGUGGAUGGGAGCAACGUAGCCAUGAGUCAUGGAAAUAAGGAAGUGUUCUCCUGUCAAGGCAUCCAGCUGGCUGUUGAUUGGUUCUUGGAACAAGGUCAUCGUGACAUCACUGUAUUUGUCCCUGCCUGGAGAAAGGAGCAAUCACGACCUGAUGCCCUCAUCACAGAUCAAGAGAUCCUAAGGCGGCUGGAGAAAGAUAAGAUCCUGGUCUUCACUCCAUCGCGCCGUGUGCAGGGACGCCGUGUGGUGUGCUAUGAUGACCGCUUCAUCGUCAAACUGGCUUAUGAGUCAGACGGCAUCAUUGUUUCCAACGACAACUACCGUGACCUUGCCAAUGAAAAGCCAGAGUGGAAGAAAUUCAUUGAUGAACGUCUAUUGAUGUACUCUUUUGUGAAUGACAAGUUCAUGCCACCAGAUGACCCUCUGGGACGCCAUGGACCCAGUCUGGAGAACUUUUUAAGAAAGAAACCUGUUAUUCCUGAACACAGGAAGCAGCCAUGUCCUUAUGGGAAGAAGUGCACAUAUGGACACAAGUGCAAGUUUUAUCACCCUGAAAGAGGAAGCCAACCCCAGCGUGCUGUGGCUGAUGAGCUCCGUGCCAGUGCCAGAAUUUCAUCAGUAGCUUCCAGAGGCCUGCUGGAAGAUGCCCUGAUGGUGAAGAGCCAAAGUUCUGGAAUGGCCGAGGCUGAGCAAAGUCGGGGCACUCCAAAGAACCAGCCAGUUCCUAGCAGCCCCAGAAGCUCCUUCAGUGACCUCCUGGAGGACAGGCUUCGGGUACAGGAAGGACGUAGGGGGAGCAACAGCAGUAGCAGUAGCUGUAGCAGCAGCUUUUUAGGGUAUCCUACUCCAGGGGGACCUCCUUCUUCAGGAAGUCUAGACCAAUGGGAUCACCCUGGGGGAGGGGGUGGAGGCAGCUCCAGGCUUGCUGGCACCUCAGGACCAAGCUUUGCUGAAACUUACCACAGAUGUGAGUCCCCAGACCCGGGCUACAGCUCACUGGUUAAGGCCUACUCUGACCUCAGUUUGGUAGUACCACAAAGUCCUGAAUGCUUCUUCCCUGCUGAUCUGCGAGCAGGAUCACUGCCCUCAGACUGUAGCAGUGAAAGCAGUGUCAGCUCAGACUCCUUCUCUCCUGAUCCCUUGUUAGACGAUGGCCCCAAGUGCCACCAUCACCACCACCAUACCCACCACCAUCCUCACUGCUCUGGUCAGUAUGCUCACCCUGUAAGCCGUGCCCCUCCUGGUCUGGGCCAGCAUACUCCUCAUGGCUAUCCCAUUCUUCAAGCACCGCGGAGACAACAUGGUUUUGUCUUGGAAGAAUCUACAUCUUCUGUUACUACUCAUGCAUCUCCACGUCCCUUCAAGCCCCCUUCAGCUUGCAUCCCUCCGCUUCCUCAGCACCCAUUGCUGAGCAGUUUCCCAGGAGAAUUCCAAGCUCGUUCACCACGUCCACCCCAAACAUCCGUUGCUCACUCCCUCUCUCAGAGCUCCCCUCUCGGCCGCAGUGUGACGGGUUCCCUCUGGCAAGAAGGUGGGCUCCAGGACUCUCAAAUGUACCAAGGGUCACCACUUCAUUCCAGACGAAACCAAUCUGGACUGAACCAACUACCACAGCAUCAGUCAAACUGGGGCUCCCAUUACCAGCAGUCCCCGAAACCUUGCUAUGAUCUGUUUGCCUUCCAUUGCCUACCAGAAGUCCAUGAGAAAGCUUGGCUCUCACCUUGGGGUAGGCAAGCCAAUUCAUCACCCCAUGCCCUUCCAUCAUCAAGUCUUCCACCACUCCCACAGCUCUCCCUUCCACCUAUCCCUACCCACAAAAGCCACUUGCCCUCAGUGCCCCAGCAGCAGGAGCCCUCUGCCUUUGGUCGAUACCAGGAGCUUAGGGAGAGGGUGUUUGUAAACUUGGGCCGCAUCUUCCCUCCAGAUUUGGUGAGGAUGGUGAUGGCCAGGAACCCUCAUUCUACGGAUGCUCAGGAGCUUGCAGCUGCAAUUUUGUUGGAGAAAUCACAGCGCGGUCCCUGAAUUGAAUCAGAUUGUGAAGUUCCAGCUUCAUCUUUACUGGUCUCAUGUCUGCAGGUUCAUUCCUUGCAAUCAUCCUCAAAGUCAGGUUCGACAUUACCAAACCACAAGCACAAGAUAUAAAACUCACUAAGUGGUUAAUGGACUGCUUGUUUUAAUUGCAGGGAAGUUGUCUCAUUAAUUUUAAUGGUAUUUUGUGUAAAGGGAAAUCCCCAAAUUGCCAUAUUUAUGCCUGCUAUUUCAGCACUUAAGAUCAGGAAAGGUUGGGGUUUAAUGUGCAUGUUUGAGCUUUCGGUUAUGAGUCAAGACAUCGGUAUCGUAGGGAGGCUUUUAAUGUGUUGUGGGUGACAGUAUUGUUCAUUUUAAAUUAAUUUAUAUGUUGCAUUUUAAUUUAUUUACAUAUUUUAAAAUUAUUGUUUCUGGCACUUUUUUAAUGUUGUUCCUCCUCAGCUUUGUUUUUCUUUUCUUUUUUCUUUUUUGGCAAUCAUAUCAGGGUAUAAGUGUAGCUCAAAUUCAUACUUUCCGUUUGAGUAAAAGUUUUCAAUUUUCCAGUCACAAGAUGAUGGCAUGGAAUAUUAAAUUGUGAAGUUUCACUGCCAAACUACGAACACAUUCCUGCCAUAUUUAAUGCUUGAGUUAGCUCAACAAACGUUCUCUCUGUACUGACAGGUGGUAGAUUAGAUGCUGUGGUGAGAUUUUGCGGAUUUCCCCCCAAAGGGAAGUGAAACUCAGUCGGCAACCACAAAAGAAGAUAGCAAAAACUCCAUUAGAAAACCCCAAGCUGUUGUUCACUUUUGAAUUAGAGUUUAUUUCCUCUGCUAGGAUAGCCCUGUCAGCUGACUUGAUGGUUCAUUAGCUUUUAGUGUUGAUUUUUUUUUUUUUUUUUAAACCCACCAUGUGUCCUUUUACAUCUUUAAACCAUAUCAAAGUUUGAGUUGAGAACAUGGUCACCAUGAAUGUUUAGGUUGGAUUAGGAUUGUUAUUAUUAUUUUAAUCUAAAAUAUGUGUUAAUUUAUUACCGUAUUACAUGUGUUAAUGUCUGUGGUGCAUGACACACAGGGUUUCCUUUAUUAGUGGUGACACCACUGGGAGUGUUUAGGCAUCUCAAACAGGGUGUAACUCUUUUGUACCCUUCUGUUGAAUACAAAGAGAUCUAUACAUUUGCAGUAAUAGGCAAGUACAGACUGGCAAGAGUUGGAAAAAACCUUACUAAAAUUAUUUUUUUCCUGGGCAGAUGCCAGAUGCUUAAUAUCCUUUUGGUGGGAACACCUACUGAUAACAGUCUUUAGUUCUACAAACUUUUCUCAGAGGCGCUAAUCUCAUUGCUUUAAUUAAAACUCAGUAAAUUAAAAGAAAUCCUUUUCAAAAUGUAAGUGGUAAUACCAAUCUUAAAGGAGCCAAUAACCCAAAAAUGAAAAUUGAGUCUUUAUACUGAUGGAAAGUUGAUGUUUCAUAGUCCAUAAAACAUUAUUUAAACACUUUGUUCAGGCCCAAAUCUUCACUGCUACACUAAACAUGUUAAUGUGCACAGGGGCUAAAGUGAGGGGAUCUGGUGGAUCAUUUUUUUUUCCUGUUGUUUUUAUAUGUUUUGAAACAAGUCCCCAGGGACUUCAGUUGUUUAGGAAAAUGCUGCAACGCUGUAAAGCUUCAGAAAUGUUCUGUGGACUAUAAAACUACACUCGACCGUACAUCAGAAUAGAGGUGAGGAGAUGAUGACUGAAUUUUCAUUUUUGGUUGAACCAUUCCUUUAAUUGAUUCAUAGGAAGAUUACCUUGCUUGGACAGCAGUAAGCUUAAGUAAGCGUAAGUACAGAAGUUCAGUACAUUCACUGCUACUAACAAUUCAAAGAUAGUCAAAGAAAUGUCAGAAGAUAGUAAAAUCACCCAUCACAUCUUUGCAGGUUUGCAAGGUGACUUGCUUGUUUGUCCAAAAAAAAAUAUUAUUAUAAAUACUUUCCUAUCAGUGUUUGUACUACUCUUGUCUGCUCUCUCUUUAAAAUAUUUAAUUAAGCUGUCUUCUCUUAAAGCACUUUGAACUACAUUGGUUGUGGGAAAUAACAAUAUUCUUAUUUUUGUAAUUAUCUCCAUCAAUGGGAUUAUUUAAAUCCAAGGAAGUGUUUGUAAAACUAAACCUCUUACCUGGUUAGCACAAUAUCUAGCAGCCAGAUGAUACCUCUCUUUGUUGAUACAAAUUGUAUCCUAUGAACUUUUUAAACAAUAUCAUUGUUUUAUAUGAAAAUAUUUAAACAAAAAAAAAAUAUUUCGAGUUGAAUAUUUUGAGUAUUUGUGGCAAACUUUGUCACCUUUUGUACUCCGCCUUUUAUUUAUAUGAGGGGGCUUUUUAAUUGCCUUUUUUCCCAAGUGCAGCAAAGAGAAAGUCUCAGAUGCACUUUCUGGAAACAGCUAUAGCUAUUGUUUAUGUUAUCCAUGAACUAAAAGCAUGGAAACGUGCAGUCCCAAAUGGAAAUUCUCGUCCAGUUGAGGGCGGAGGUGUAGUCAGCCCAACCAUGGUGAAAGCACGUAUUGAACCUGACUGUGGUUAAAUAUGAUCUGUCCUCAUUAGUCCUGAGACAUACUGAGCAUCAACAGUGUGUGUGUGAGUUCACUCAAAAGACAAGUUUUGAUGACUGUGGUUUCAGUCAAAACUCCUUGUCAUAUUUGCUCUCCGGUGCUUGAAAUCUUCCAAGAUGCCUUUCCCAUAAAUCUGAAACCACGACAUCUACAUUUAUCCCAGCGCUGUCUUACUUGAAGAGCAUUCCCCUCCAGGGCUGUAACUAUGACCUGAAAGGUGUCAUCUCAGGAAAAAAAAAAGUCCUUGGUACUUCCUACUAGUCCCAUCAUCAACAAGUCUGUCAGUUGAUUUACUUCUCCCUGACACUCUAAUGGCUUUGUGCUCUCGCCCUGCUGGUCUGGCUGGCACUGUGUGCUUGUGUGUGCAGCAGGGUCGGUUUACUGCAGUUUAAUUAAACAAACCUCUAAAGGUGCCGUGUUAACAUUCCUGUGGAUAUUAAAAAGCCUAUUUACUGUAUGGGGGCAAAUAAUAUUUUUCUAUUAUCGUGAACUUGUUAAAGAGCUAUUUUUCUAAUUGUACAUGAUGUUUAUCCGCAAGAAGAGAUUGUAGUGGCGGUCAGUGUUGCUGAAUAAGGGGAUGUAUACAUUGCUAACUGUGCAAAUGUUAUUUUGUGUUUGGAUUUCACCACAAAUUUUGCUUGACUGUGUUCAGACUGAAUGUGAAACAAGCACUUUUCCACGUCAUGUCAAGUGUUUUAGCGCACCAAAUUCUUCGCCAUGAACAGCAAACGUUGGCUGUAGCUGUUCGUUGGCUAGCAUCACGCACACCAGACAUGUGUGCGACACUCGAGACUUCCUGUGUGUUGUGUGUCAGCCUGAAACCGAGUGUGUCAGCAGCACAGGCACAGGUGGCACUGAUGACGUUAAUUGGUGUUGCUGAUGACACAAUUUAUGAGAUAUGGCCAGAAUUAAAGUUUAAACAUUUAAAAAAAAAAAUGAACUCACACUGUCAGAAGGAACAACAGUGCUGACGCUCUGUCGAAGGCAUCUUGAUAGCUGUGCUGAGGGAUGUCUACAGAAUUUAGCAUGCUAGCAAGUUGGCCCCGUCUCCUGAUACCUUCUCUCGUACCAAAAGGCAGAAGGCUGAUACGCUUUAUUUGGGGGAUGUAAAAGCUGCAAGUCUAAGAGGUGAACUAAAUAACCAAAAUUGUUAAGAAAACACAUAUUUUUACACCUUCUUUUCUAACAGAACAGCAUGUGAAUUCAAGCUUCUCUCUUUUGAUGGACACAAACGAGUUUAAUAUUGGCACGUCAAAUAACACGCUUCGUUCAAACUCGAUAUAAAUUAGAUAAAACUCACCGAAACGGUUUGUCUUUCCACGAUCACCUCUGGUUUAGUUGAAAUAAAAUCCUCCAUUUACAGAGUAAGGUGACAAAAUAUUCCAGACUCCCGUCAGCUAACAGGGCUGCUUAGCUCCAUGUCUACAUGCUAACAGCAGCUAGUCAAUGAUGGCAGCGUCAGGAAAAAAGGAGCGGGUGGAGUAAAGUGAGCGGCAGUAAGCAGUUAUACUGCCCCCGGCAGUUUUUGAGCUGACUUUGAAAUCUGACUAUUUCUUACAAAUGUCUCCUCUGUUCUAGUCAAGUGUCCCACUCAAUCAGAACAGUGUGAACGCCAGCAUGCACAGCGCCAACAAUCUGAAACCGAAGCAGUCUAGCUGAACUUUAUCACCGUUAGUUAUGUCAUUUAACACCUGUGCUUUUUCUACUUCAAGGUGUCAAGAUGUCAUCUGUGCAGCCUGCUACUUUUUAUAACUUCAGCCGAGCAGCACAUGAUUUUUGUUUGUACCUGAUUUGACUGAUUUGUCGAUGCAUGACUUUCACCCGCCACUACAUCAUGUUUUCCUUUUUGAAUGCAUAUUUUUUACAGAACUUUUGUGUGAAUGUUAGCAAAAAAACUUUAAAAAUCAUACUGUCCCGCUCUCAGACUAAACGGUUUUUCACAGGGAACAUGCGUCUGUUGUCUUGCAUUUAGUCAUUCUGCCUAAGAUCUGAUUCAUGUUCAGUCUGAACACACCCUUAAGAAUUUAUGUGUCAAAAUCCUGUUUUUCUUUGGUGCUACAAUGGCCUCAAAUCUGGCAAUUUUAUCCAGUGGGGAAGAAACUUAAAAUGUCAACAAUGUCCCUGUUCCGUUUAUUCCCGCCUCUAUUUCUGAUGUGCUUUAAGUCAGGAUCGUUUGUGCUAGAGAUCAUUUAAGCGCCACCACUUCAGGGACCAAAGCCAGGUAAAAGGCCAUGUGUUGCCCUCAGAUGUUUCCCCUUGUUCAAGUCAUUAGUGGUGAUAUUAAACCAAAAUAAAAAGCAGCUAUUAAAGCGUUUGACCACUGCUGCUGUUUCACCGUGCGUUGAUGCCGGCAGACGAAGAGUUUUAUUCCAAAAGACAGCCCAAUUACCCAAAGCUGUCACAGACAACUGUGCUGAUUAAACCUGAUUAUGCUGCAUAGUGUGUUGUGUCUGAAAAAAAAAACCUUUAGAUUCAGAUGAAAUUGGCUCCACGAGCAAGUUUUACCUCCAUGUCAUGACUUGUUUCUUAGCCUGUCUUUUUACUUCUAGAUGUAAUGAGAACAUAAAUUCAGAGUGAGCGUCAAAAGCCCCGCAGGGCCGUGGAGCCUGAGCUUUAGUCGAUGAAACCCAAAAUACAAGCAUGAAAAGCGAACCUGUCAAACCUUUAGAUUCUGGGACACUGUGGCCAUAUGAGACAAUGUUGACUGUUCUUGUGUUUGAUGUAAAAGUGAUUAAAGUGAGCAAUAAAAGCCCUACUCAAGCUUU